AUUUUGACCUUCCACGCAUUACGUAUUCACAAAUGGCCGAUUACAAAUCAAACAGUCGUGAUGAUGAGGAUGACGCUGACGAUAAUGAGAAAGCACUGAAAGAAUUCGAUAAUUGGCUGUCAAACACUUCAUCUACAUAUUCCACAAUUCAUCCUGGAAGAAAUUACUUAAAAAUUGGCACAAAUUUAAAAUCAGGUCAACGUGGUCUAAUUGCUUGUUGUAAUAUCAAUGCUAAUCAGUGCACUUACUCUAUCCCGUUGAAUGAUCUACGCUAUAUUCUCACUCCAUUACGUUGCACUUUUCUGCUGAAUACAUGUCAAUGUUUUCUUACUAAACAAAGCCGCAAAAUCCAGUUAAAUUCAUUCGAUAUUCUUGUCACAUUUAUCUAUCAUUGUAAGUAUUCAGGUAAUAUGCAAAGAGAUUGUUUCAUACAGCAUAUCUGGUCAUCGUAUAUCAAUGUCCUACCGAAUAGUUAUCCAAAUCCUGUAUCAUAUAUUCUAUCGUCUACUGAUUAUAAUUACAGUAGUAUAUUCAAUGCAACUUGUACAACAACAAACUCUUCGCCUUAUUUUCAUUCACAUGAUAUCAAUAUGGCCUUUAGAAAUAUAUUAAAACGUGUAAUACGAUCAUGGCAUAAUAUUAAACCCCUGUUGUGUCAGGAUGAAUAUACAAGGGAUACACCGUCGAAUGAAUUUCUAUGGGCAUGGUUCACUGUCAAUUCUCGGUGUGUUUCAUGUCCAAUGAAACAAGAGUCGUCAAUGGUAAAUAUUCAACAAAUUUUUCAAGCUCUGUUUAAAUCUUAUUCACAAAAUGGAGAGCGUAAUUUGAAUUUGAUUACGGAAAGUAUUAUUCAGCUGAAAGAUGAUGCUACUACUACGACUACUAAUACUGAUGAUAAUAAUAAUAAUGUGGUCCAUACAAUUGCUCUAAUACCAUUUUUUGAUUUUUUCAAUCAUAAUCCAAAUAUUGCUACUAACACUCGGUUGGUUUUAUCAAAUGAUACUAAUUCAUUGCAAUUAUAUUUAGAUCAAGAAAUAACUGAAAAUGAACAGGUUUUCAUCAAUUAUGGUCCACAUGACAAUUUAACGCUAUUCACUGAAUAUGGAUUCAGUCUUCCUUAUUUGGAAGCGAAUGCUACUACUACUGCUAAUGAUGUCAUUUAUUUAAGUUCUUGCUUUCUCAUAGACUUAUUUAUUCAGUUAUAUAAUGAAAUAAAAGUGACAACAUGUCCUCCAUCCGUUGCUUCUCCUCGUCCUUCACCUGCAACAACAACAACUGCUGCUGCAGCUACUUCCACUUCUACAACUACCUCCUUCUCUUCAGUGUCCAGCCCUCACUCGUCGUCAUCCACUUCCCAGAGAAGUGAAUACAAAUCAAAAGGUGACCAACAAUCGGAUAUUUUCAUUGCGAUGCAUGAAUAUUUCUACUUAAUUCUUGCUAAAUUACACCUGCCUCAGCCGAAAACUUCAUCGAUUCAAGACGACAUUCUAUGGAAAUCUGUUUACGUAUCCAACAGUGUUGAUUCGCCUAAUUCAUCAUAUUAUCUAAGUUUAAUAUUAUUUUUAAUGUAUACAACAUUUAUCGUUGAUGCUACUAAUGACAGUAAUAUUAGUAAACCGAAUCACCGAUCUCUUGAUGACAUCUUUAACAUUUCAGAAGAUCUGAUCUCAACGACUAUUCAACCAGUAUUGAAUAGGAUUUAUACACUUCUGUUAGACAAUAUAAACUACGAUCGUGAGAAAAUUUUACGUCUGCUGAAAUCAUCUCCAGAAGUCUUAGACACAGAACCUCAGGAAGGAGCAACACCAACAACAGUGACAGCGACUCAGUCGUCUUGUAUAGUGAAUGAUUUUUGUAAGGAAUUUUUAUACUAUCUAGAACAACGUGAAUGUUUUGUUCAGGGCUUAAUGAUGAGUUAAUAAACAUUUUCAGUAUUGAUUGCCUUCUGGAUAAUCUAAUAGGCACAACAGUUCAAUUUCAUACAAUGAUUCCCUUUUAUAAAUUUGAACAAAGAGAGAAGAAACAUUGGCGCAGAAUAAUCU